GCAAUUUUGAACCCUGCCCACGUCCCCAUACUCGCUCUACCAUGGCCUCCAGCUUCAUCGGAAAGCCUAUUUCUCUUAUUUCUCACUCAGAUGUACGAUACCGGGGCAUCCUAGCGGGCAUCGACCCGGCCGCGUCGACCAUCCAACUCUCCAAUGUGUUCUCGAUGGGGACAGAGUCGCGGCGGCCGCCAGAACAGUUUAUUCCACCCGUGCAAGAGCCCUACCAAUACAUCAUCUUCCGUGCCUCGGAAGUGAAGGAUCUUGCAGUGGAUGAACCGCAGCCACGGCGAAACGUCCAUGAUGACCCUGCUGUCCUCGGGGCCUCUGCCCCGAUGCUGAACAACGGAUACCCCACUCCUUACCAACAACCCUACUCUCCCCAGUCCGCAGCCCAGGUCCCCCAACAACAACAACCACAGCCCGGAAGGCAACCACCAUAUCCGGUCCGGCAACCAUCGACGCAACCGUCUGUUCCCCAGGCGAACGGUACGUCACCUGCAGGGCCGUCUCCGCAGAGCGGGCAAGCGGCGGGCAGCCGCGGCCCGCGCAACAGCGCUGUCCAUUCUGCGACAGCAUCCCUGGAGACGGUCGAGCGUGCACUCGGUGACCUACGCGUCUCUCAAGCGACUGCGAAUGGUGCGCCCAUACCUCGCUCCGGCGGCCGGCGCGGCGGGCGGGGUCAGGACUACAAGACAGGCGACCUGCGCGUGCCUGCGACGGACUUCGACUUCCAGGGCUCGAACGCGCGGUUCGACAAGUCUGCCAUCUCGCCGCGGGGGACGCCGAAGAACGAUGGCGAGGCCGAGGGGGGGAAGGCCGAGGAGAAGUCUGCGGAGGAUUCCGCGUACAACCCGCAGAAGUCCUUCUUCGACUCUCUGUCUUCGGGGAGCAACGGGCCUCAGGCAGACGCGCGGGGCGGUCGUGGGGGUCGCAGGGGAGGCGGGAGGAACAGGAGAGAAGAGGAGAGGGAGCGGAACGUUGCAACGUUUGGUGAGCCUGGCGGGGUGGGUCUCAUGGGGCCUGGUCAGUACGUCGGCGGUUGGGGAGGAUACGGCAGGCGAGGUGGAGGAAGGGGCCGGCGAGGCGCGGCUGCUACUGCCGUUGCCCGUUAGCCGUGGUAGGCUUUGCAUGGACUUGUGAUAGCAUGGUUCUCUGGUGCAGUGUUUGAGGACCUGUCGUUCGUGUGAUUUGUUCUGUGAUUGUUCGAUUCCUGGCAGUGCCGUAUUGCAGACACAUCAUCUUUGUGCAUCCACUUGUGUCAGCUAGAGCAGCUGAUUUCCACACUGGUCCCUAGCGUGAGUCGCUUCCGAACUCACAUGAGCUGAAGCCCUAGAUAAUGAAUGGUGCUAUUAUUA